CUUUCAGUCGAUAUGUCGAUUUCGAAAAUCUCAAGUUUCGACUUUUAUAGUAUCUGUUCAUUGAUCUUCCAUGGCUGCUCGUCUUUCCUGAAUUUUGAUUCCUUGAUGUAACCUGAAGAGAAUUGUGAUUGAAGGAUUUAUUAUGAGUGUUAGAUGGCCAAGAGUUCUAACGCCAAGCCUUCUUUCUCAAAUCCUGAAGAAGCAGAAGAACCCAGUAACAGCACUUAAACUUUUUGAGGAAGCAAAAGAGAGGUUUCCUAGUUACGGUCACAAUGGCUCUGUUUAUGCCACCAUGAUUGGUAUCCUUGGUAAGUCCAACCGUGUGUUGGAAAUCAAAUAUGUCAUUGAGAGAAUGAAGGAAGAUUCCUGUGAAUGUAAAGAUUCAGUUUUUGCAUCGGCAAUUCGCACAUUCUCCAGAGCAGGAAGGCUGGACGAUGCCAUUUCUCUCUUCAAGAGCCUUCACGAGUUCAACUGUGUGAACUGGACUCUAUCUUUUGAUACUCUUUUACAGGAAAUGGUUAAAGAAUCAGAGCUUGAAGCUGCUUGUCAUAUUUUCCGCAAGUAUUGUUAUGGUUGGGAGGUGAAUUCUCGUAUUAUGGCUCUGAAUUUGCUUAUGAAGGUUCUUUGUCAGGUCAAUCGUUCUGACCUGGCGUCUCAGGUUUUUCAAGAGAUGAAUUACCAGGGUUGUUAUCCGGACAGAGACAGUUACAGGAUUUUGAUGAAGGGGUUUUGUCUUGAGGGGAGACUUGAUGAAGCCACACAUCUGUUGUAUUCAAUGUUCUGGAGGAUCUCACAGAAAGGAUCAGGUGAGGACAUUGUGGUUUAUAGAAUUUUAUUGGAUGCGUUAUGUGAUGCUGGGGAGGUUGAUGAGGCUAUCGAAAUUCUUGGUAAAAUCUUAAGAAAAGGACUAAAGGCUCCGAAACGAUGUUAUCAUCAUAUCGAAGCUGGUCACUGGGAGGGUAACAGUGAAGGUAUAGAGCGGGUGAAACGACUGUUAACCGAGACUUUGAUCCGAGGUGCAAUCCCCAGUUUGGAUAGCUAUAGUGCCAUGGCUACUGAUCUUUUUGGGGAAGGUAAGCUUUUGGAAGGUGAAGAAGUGCUUCUUGCAAUGAGAAGGAAAGGCUUUGAGCCAACACCAUUGAUUUACAGUGCCAAGAUUAAAGCACUUUGUAAAGCUGGGAAUCUUGAAGAGGCAGUUUCUGUAAUCAAUAAGGAGAUGAUGGAAGGUCAUUGCCUUCCAACAGUUGGAGUGUAUAACGUUCUUAUAAAAGGUCUCUGCGAUGAAGGAAGAUCGCUGGAGGCUGUUGGAUAUCUCAAAAAGAUGUCUAAGCAAGUUUCUUGCGUAGCGAACGAAGAAACAUAUCAAACUCUAGUGGAUGGUUUGUGUCGUGAUGGUCAAUUUGUUGAAGCAAGUCAGGUCAUGGAAGAGAUGUUGAUAAAAUCAUUCUUUCCUGUUGUUGAAACUUACCAUGUAAUGAUAAAAGGUCUAUGUAAUAUGGACCGGCGAUAUGAAGCAGUGAUGUGGUUAGAAGAAAUGGUUAGUCAAGAUAUGGUGCCGGAAUCUUCUGUAUGGAAAGCUUUGGCGGAGUCUGUCUGCGUUGGUGCCAUUGAUGUUGCUGAGUUACUUGAGCAUCUGAUUAUUAACAAACGUUAAUCACAUAACUACUGCUGCUUGUAUCUUAGUUAAAGCUUAAUACGUUUUUGUGAAAUGUAAUUGUUUCAGUUAACAGGUUC